AUGGGUGAGCUAGAACACCUUCAAACUCUUGAAGGGCACACAGAUCGAGUUUGGGGGCUCGCAUGGAAUCCCAUUAACACCAACCUUCUCGCCUCUUGUAGUGGUGAUAAAACUGUUUGCAUCUGGGAACAAUCUUUUUCUGGCUCCUUUAAUUGCAAGGCGGUUCUGGAGAAAAAACACACGAGAACCAUCAGAUCAUGUGCUUGGUCACCUUCAGGGAAAAUGUUGGCUACUGCUAGCUUUGAUGCUACUAUGGCCAUAUGGGCAGAUAUUGGGGGUGAUUUCGAAUACAUCUCAAAUUGGGAGAUUGCAGAUAACCUACUAUUUCUAAGCCAAGUGGUCAGUGGUGCAAGACUUAAUGAAAUUGGGAAAAGCUUAUGUGUGUCCUUGGGAUUGUUGUUAAACUUAUGA